UUUUCGUAAUAGUUAGGGGAACGCAGAGGCAGCUAAUCUGUCUCACCCUGUCAGCUGUUUCGAUUUGGUACUUGACAGUGCUCUUUUGUACAGUCCAUGUUUUCAUAAAUAAUUGAUCACUUCUGGACAGCUUUGGGGUUUGUAAUUGUAAAACAUCAGCAUGCCUAAGGGAGCAAAGAAAGGGGGGCACAAAGGUCGCAUGAGAACCUACACCAGUCCUGAAGAAAUAGACGCCCAGAUAAAAGCAGAAAAAGAAAAGAGCAAGGUGGAAGAUGACGAAGUGGAAAGGGAUGAGCAGGCUGAACCAAAAAGCCCUCACUCGGGCUCAGAAGAGAGUGAUGACGAAGAAUACCAGCAAAAAAGAAAGGGAGUUGAGGGGCUUAUAGAUAUAGAAAACCCUAAUAGAGUUGCACAGAAAUCCAAGAAGGUAUCCCAGCUAGAGGUAGAAGGACCUCGGCAGCUUACCAGAAGGGAAAGGGAAGAAAUUGAAAAGCAGAAAGCUAAAGAACGGUACAUGAAGAUGCAUUUAGCAGGUAAAACAGAACAAGCAAAAGCAGACCUUGCGCGACUAGCAAUCAUUCGUAAACAGAGGGAAGAAGCAGCACGGAAGAAAGAGGAAGAGAGGAAAGCAAAGGAAGCUGCAGCAGCUAUACCAAGGGGAAUGCAGUCUUUGUCUCUUAAUAAAUAAUGGCAUGUCUACUAUCUUUAAUAGAAUGGACUACUGCAUAUAUGUUCAUUUGUAAAGCCCCGAACUGUUAAGGCUGUACAAACUCAAUAUCUUUUCAGGGAAGACAGGGUUUGCUUGUCUGGCAGCAUGCUCGUGUGUAUUUAUAUGGGUAACUGAUUUUCCAUAAUAAAGUAACCACUUCCUCAAACAUAAAAAAGUGUCCACCAGUCUGCUGUUUGUCAGGUUUUGACAUUUUAUGACACCCUUCAUCAGAUUUUGAAUGCUCAGCAGUUACUGAGAACAAUAUAUUCAGUUGUUUUAGGGUGUUAUGUUUCUUAUAUAAACCAUUCCAUUAGAAACCAUAGACAUCAUGGACCAGGUUCAUUCUUGUUCAUAUUUUUACAAGCCAUUAUGCAAGAAGAUUGGUUGAAUUAGAAAUGAGCAUUAGAAGAAUGUCAGUUUAUUGGCUUCAAAAACUAUUUCAGAAUUUGACUAACCCAGGUAUACACCUUGUUAGUUUAAUAGAAAAUGUAACAACAUGUAACAAUUUCCAAACCCAUUUUGUUUGUAAAGAGUCAUCUUGGCUGCAGACUGUGUUCAUUUUUUGUUGUUAUUGCUGUCUGGAAUGUUUACUUUAUUAUGGAAUAUAAAAGGGAAAGGCCCAAGAUUCUGAUUUGAAAGUUAGCUGUGCCAAGUUCCCCUACUUAAUACAGGCUGAGUCAGGGGAUCCAUAUAUUUAGAAAGGUAUUGUAGGAUUAAAAUCAAGUGACUCACCUCCAAUUUGGUAUAACUACAGUAAUUGUGCCUAUGUUUUCUUCUGAUAUUGAGCUAAAGUGGAAUGAUGGCAUGCUGGCAUUCUCCCCAUUACAAAUCACAUAAUGAAUGUUAGCACAAACUGACUUUAUGUUGCCUUCAACACUGUGAUGAUAAUAAUAUACAGUGUUUUAAUCCAAGAUUUUAUUAAAGAAACCUAUAUAAAAGAUUAAACAAUACACAUUCUCAAAAAUAUAUACAGUAAUGUCAUAUAUUGAUAUAGGGUAAAACGUAGGUAAUCCCUCAGCAGUUCCUAUACAGAGGAACAGUAAUGAAUGUAGUGUUUUGUGCAUGUUCAAGACUAUCCGCCAUUUGCCAAAGUAUUUCCAUAGGGAAACACUAGAACACUAGUUUUAACUAUUUAACAGAGAGCAUGUAUAUUUUUUGGUUUUAUUUUUUUCUUCCUUUCUGUAUUUAUCUUCUGUUACAUUUACAAAUGUACUCAUGCAGUAAUUAUCUAAAAUAAGAAAUCAUUGGUAUUUAUUUAUUUAACCCUGAAUAUAUGUCGCACCCUAUAGUUCGAAAUAGUCUGAAAACUGUAACAUUUUCAUAUGCAAAGUUUGAUAAAAGAUAGUUUAUUUUUAAUAUUGCAUAAUUAAGAGGAUUAAAGAUAAUACAAAUCAGUCAGUGCAUACUGAAUAUUUUUUUCUUUAUUAUAAUUUUGUUUUUGCUUUGGAUCUUGAUAAUCUGUGCAGCACUGAAAGGAAUCUUUUUUAAAUUACUAAAUAAACAGAAGUUGAAUUGGAAAGAGAUAGGAUCUGGAAUGAGUUAGCAAGUAUUUGAAAUCAGUCUUUAUUUCUUAAAAUUUCCAGUAGCCAAACAGUGUGCUUUGGAGCAUCUUUCAAAUCCAUGACAUUGUUCAUUAACAAAUUGUUCUGACUUUGUAAGGCAGCUACAGUUUUGCUUAAUGUUUUUUGUCUAGUCUAAAUAUAUAAAUGUAACUUAACACUCGGCCAUUUGUUUUGCUCAAGUGUUUGAUCACACUGCUCAUGUCUGCUGAACAUGUCUGCUCCUGCAUUACAUCUAUAAAAUUACUUCGCAGUUAUCUAAACUAAAAAAGCACAGAAAUUUACUGGGUCAACUGUUGUUUGGCAUUUGAGCAUCUUUACUACCUUUAUAAAAUGGAAAAUAUGCAAAGGUGUUGUGUCUUCAGCUAUGUCUUCAAGACUAAUUCAAGAAAACUAUCAUAAACUGUAAGACACCUUGGGUUAUGGACAUACUAUCCUAAUUAGACUCUGCAAUACAAAUGUGUACUAUGUAUAUAAAAUAAAAAUAUUUUAAAAGAAA